AUGCAGCUGACGGCGGUGCUCCACUUCACUGACGCCACCAUCCGCGCGCACGACGCCGCGCUCGUGCACCGCCACCUCGUCGGCGCGCAGCCAGCGCUCGCAGGGGCGGUGGAGGCUCUGCUGGGGCUGGCGCAGCGCGUGCACGCCUCGGAUGCUGACGUGCUCGCAGCUCUCGUGGACGCUCUGGCUGACGUCAGGCUCUGCUGCGGCUGUGCUGCAAAUCGGCAGGCGGCGGCACGUUCAGGGCGUGGAGGAACCUGCGCGUGGAGCCGCAGGAGGCGCUCAACUGCAUCCUCGUCCCCGCGGUACGCGCGCACGCUGCCCUCACGGCCUCACUCCGCUUGCCCUCAAGCAUUCGCCAGCACGGUGGCGGCGCAUCCGUCGCCUCUGGUGCGCGCGGAGUCCAUCGCCGUGCUCCAAGCCUUCGCCUCGCUGCAUGCGCCGUCCACGCGCUCCCACCUCCCCCUGCUGCACGCCGCCGCGCGCGAGUCCGCGCACCGCGGCGUGCAGAUGGUGGCCGUGGCAGCGUCGCGGUUACUGCUGCCAGUGCUGCUGCAUUUGUGGCUGCACAAGGCGGCAGCAGCAGCGAGGCAGCCUGCAGUGCGUGCCUCGCAGCUGCUGCUCUCCGUCAUGCUCGCGCAUGGCGCCCACGGGCUUGUGGAGGUGCCACUCAGAGCCUCCCAGCAGGACGACGUCAAAUGCCUUGGCAUCGUUGCUCAUUGA